UCGCCAAGCUCAGUUACGCCGCGCCCCUUGCGAAGAGCGCUGCGCCUCGCGAGCGAGAUCGUAGUAUCUUUGCUUUUCGAACGAGCCCUUUUGAACUUGUACAACUUCUACGGACAACUCGUGUUAUCGUCCCUUUUCAUUUAUCGUCCACGAUCAAGUAAAAUUUCUGAGCGUGCGGUAUAUUUCAUUUUAUCGUGGAAAAAGGGAAAUAGAAAAGCAGAGAAAGGGAAAAGAAAAAGCUCGGAAAUGUUUCGUAAUCAGGAGAGAGCACGUGUUCGUGCUUGAAAACGUUUUCAUCAGAUUGGUAUCUUGAUCGAGAUGAAGUGACAUUUUUAUUCUGGAAGUAAAUAUAAUAGAGACCGAUAAAGAGGAAAGUUUUAGUGUUUAGUGUUACUACGAACAAAGUUUCGUGGCUGGUCAAAGACAGUCGUGUGAUUGUUGGAUCGGAAUAAAGGUUUCGAGUUGGAAGGAAAUAGGCGAAGGGAAGAGUGCCCGGGAAAUCUUUUUAAUAUAUUCUCGAGUGGAGGGAAAUGUUGGCUGCGCAGUUGAGAACGUGUCAACGAGGGAGAACUUGAGAGAGACAGAGAGAGAGAGAGAGAGAGAGAGAGAGAGAGAGAGAGAGACAAAGGGGAGAGAAGGGAAAAAGAAGGGAUAUCUAGAAAUUGAGUUAAGCUCCGGUAGACAAGUAAAAUAAGAGGAAGAAAGAAGAUGUGAGAGGUCGUAAGGCCAGAGAAAAAGAACAAAAAAAAAAGAGAGAGGGAGAGAGGAGUUGGAGAACAAGAAGAGGGCGGUACCGCGCGCGCAGAGACGCACUUCUAUGAGUUAUAUGACAUAGAAAACAGCUACUACGUGAAAAUCUCCAAGUGAACUCAAUGAUAAACUUCUCGCAUAAGGAAGCUUCUAGCUCGAAGAAAUUUUCCAACUAAACUGAGAAGAAAAUCUGUCUGAAUCCGUGUGAUGGACGAAGCGGAACCGAGCGGCGAAUCGACAACGCUGGUAUUUUGAGAGAGACCAUCCAUCAAAGGUAUUACUCCAGGAUUCCUUCUUUUUCUCUGGUCAAAUCCGUAAAAAGCUCGAUCCGAUUAGAGUUGAAACAAAGCCAUGGGAGAAGAAUUAUGAAGAAAGAAAGAGAAUUAACGAGACGGGCGCAAGAAAAUCUGGAAUCGACUUUCUCGAAGAGAAACACUUCGAUAUCUCUAUUUACGGGAAUGAAGAGAUAAAAUAAAUACGGUAUUGAAACAAGAAGCCCGAUCGUUUGGUCUGUCUCAUCGAAAGCAAGAUUACUACGCGAUGACACGACGAAAAGGAAAACGAGUUGCAAGCAUUCCUUAAGAUAGCUAUAUUGGAGAUGACGGAAACGUCAAAGCCGCGGUACGCGAACCGCAGUAGCGGGGAGAGAUAAGGAAGGUGAACGGCAUCACGCCGAGCAGUCAUGUGCAGUGUCAUGUGGCUCCUUCGGCUGCUGACAACUUGCUGCCUCGCACUUCUAUCAGCGUCUGAUUUACGCACAGAUCUACCUUUGUCAACGGAUCAAGUAUCAACGAGAGCGACAACGGCGGCAAAGCGAUCAGUAGCAACAGACGCACCGAUGCUGAAUUACAUAUUCGAUGCACACAGUACUCUGAACAAACAUCAACAUCACCACGAUCAUCGUUGGGGUCCUCACUUUGAGAGUGAGAGUUCAGCGAAAAACAUUACUAUUCAAGCUGGUGCCAGCGUCGUCCUUGACUGCAAAAUAUCAUUGUUGCAGGACAAAACGGUAUCUUGGGUAAGGAGACAGGAAAACAGUGAAAAAAUGAAUUUGUUGACUGUCGGCCAUCUCACGUACACCGGUGACCCAAGAUACACCAUCGUGUUUCAGUAUCCAGACAAUUGGCGUUUAGAAAUCAAACGCGUCAAUAGCAGUGAUGAGGGUCAGUACGAAUGUCAGAUCAGCACUCAUCCGCCCAAGUUUAUUCGCAUAAAUUUACACAUCAACGCGCCAUCCGUCCAAAUAGUGGACGCCGCGGGUCAACCGCUAAGGGACAAAUACUACGAGGCGGAUAGCACCAUCGAACUGCUAUGCGUCGUGCGUCACAUAGCGAUGCAGGUCCAGUACAGUGUCGUCCAAUGGCUCCAUGGUAAUCGAACUCUGAACUACGACACAACGAGAGGUGGUAUCAGCGUGAAAACGGACCUAAUGGAGGAAGGGGCCAACUCUACUCUCAGCAUAGCGAGAGUCGGACCAGCGGACAGUGGUAACUACACGUGCAUGCUCACCACCAUGCCUGAUCAGCCUGCAACGAUUCAUGUACAUGUCCUGAAUGGAGAAAGCCUAGCCGAGUUGCAUCAUGGUGGUUCGCGCGACAUUCAAGCGGACGUCUGGAAUUCUCUGCUACUCUUUCUCUUCGCCAUUCUAGGAUGGCUUCAGGUGCUGAGAUGAAGACUCGACAAUGCUCGCUGCGACCCUCACAAAGGCGUUCUCAGUACUCGCUGCUGAGAGAUGAGCGUGCGAUGACCGAUGACUUUGAAACGAACGUGACGAAAAACGUUAUCGUCUUAUACGUGGCACGAACUUUUCUAUUGUUUCGAAUAAUGUGAGAGUGAAUGAGAAAGAAAAAAGCUAGGAAGGGUCCUGUGAAAAUUGAAAAGAGAUGUACGAUCGACGGCGUUGCUAUCGUUCUCUUUUUUUUUCAUUUUUCUUAACACGCGUUCAAGUAUGAAAAUUAAAUAGAAACGAAAGAAUUUGUUUCUACAAAAAUUAUCUUAUAUAGAGAUCUACUUGAUUAUCGAUAAUCGUUUUAUUCGAUUUACGCAAUCGCUCUUUGAAAAACUGUCGUCAAUUUUUAUGAAACUUAUUGUCUUUUUAUCGUAAUUCCUAAGGGUAGUUACAGCAACGCCGUCGAAUUUGACAAGACAAGCGAUAUUUUUAUUGUCGUAAUUGAAAUACCGAUAGUAAACUAUUUACCGUUUACAGUUGUCGUAAAUUAAAUUAUCGUGCUUCGUUGUUACAACGGGGAUUACAUUUAUCCGAGCUUCGGUGGGAAAAUUUGCCGAGUGGUUGGAAUUGUUUCGAGAGGUUGGUUCGGGAACAACGUUGAGAAUUUUGAGAGAAGAUCUGAAACGACGUAAUGCGAAAAUGAGAAUCGCAUUAUCGUCCAAGAGCUCAUUUAGUUCAUCAGCGAGGAAAAAGAUCGAGCGUUGAGAUCAAAUAACUCGAUACAAUUAACAUAGUCGUUAUUACUUGAAUAAGAACCAAUAAUCGUUCAAUUACUUGCUAUCUUACGAAGUAAGAUAGAUUAUUAAGGUACAGUCGCGCAAAAAUAUCGAUGCAACGUUGCAAAACUGGAGUUUGUUAUUAUUAAUUAUCGUUCAAAUGAAAUACGACCGAUGGCUGAGAAACGUUUACACGUUUGGUUCGUAAUUUAUCGAAGAAAUUUAAUGAACAGAGAGAUCCGAUCAUCCGUUCACAAAGAGGAAAUCUAUGAGAACGACUACGCGUGCUAUAUCAUUGACCAAGAAAUAUCCUUAUUCGUCCGAUCGAGUAAGCACGAUUCGCUUACGUAGCGUGUAAAAUCGAAGAUCGAAGAACACGAUUCAAACUCAGUGUUCGAACUUUCGAGGAACAACGCGUGAGAAACAGAGCGAGAAUAAGCCCCUUCGUUCUCUUUUUCUCUAAGUGAUAUUUAUAGGCAACGUACAUAUGUACGUACGUACGUACGUAUGUAUGUAUUUACAUAUGUAAGUAUAUAUGUAUGUAUAUAUAUAUAUAUAUAUAUAUAUAUAUAUAUAUAUAUACAUAUGACUCCUCGUUUCUCGAAAAUCCUACGGCGAAUCCUCGGUGUAUCGGAAAUGUCAAAAGCUGUUUUUCCUCGCAAAGACUUCGAGAAUCGAUGAUACGAGAAAUAGGUAUACAUGUAUAUUUGCAAAACUGAAGGGAAUGUGAGAUAAUUUAAAAUCGGGCCAAACGGCGAACUAAUACCUACGUAUGAAGGCGAGAAUUACGCGCUUUCGUCAAAGGAAAAUAUUACGAAAUAAACUAUACGCGUUUUACAAGAAAAAAAAA